AUGCUUUCCAUAGUUAGUGCGAUAUUUGAUCCACUAGGACUUUUAGCACCAAUGACAUUACGAGCAAAGGCUAUCGUUCAAAGCUUGUGUAGAAGGAAAUUUGGUUGGGAUGAAGCAAUUCCGCAAAUCGAUCACGAUGAAUGGCAACGUUGGAUAUUAAACUUACCUUGUUUGGAAAACGUUCGAAUAAGCCGUUGUUUUCAACCAAAAUAUUUCAGUAUUUUAAAAAAUAUACAGUUACACGUGUUCAGCGAUGGUUCUGAGACGGGUUACGGCGCAUGCGCAUAUUUACGCAUUACUGACGAAAAUGAUAACACUGCAUGUUGUCUAGUGCUUGGCAAGUCCCGACUCGCCCCGAUAAAACAAGCUUCGAUACCGAGACUCGAACUGUGUGGAGCUGUUGUGUCAUGCCGUCUGUAUGCCAUGCUGAAAGAAGAACUUGAUUUGAAAGUUGACAAAGUUGUUUUCUGGACAGAUUCAAUGAUCAUUCUUGGAUACAUCAAUAACACUUCAAGACGUUUUAAGACUUUCGUCGGGAAUAGAAUUAGUUAUAUUCAUGAAAUGACGAGUCCAGAACAGUGGCACUAUAUCGACUCCAGUUCGAACCCCGCUGACAUAGCAUCAAGAGGCAUAGAUCCUGGCGAUAAAACUAGCAUUUCUUUCUGGCUAAAUGGACCAGACUAUCUGGCGCAGGACGAGUCUACUUGGCCUAAAUUUGUAAACAUAAACGAUAUCGCCGACGACGACUCCGAAAUUAAAAGAGACGUAGCAAUAAAUACCACUGGGGUAUACACUGGGCUGACUAUAGGAGACAUUAUCAACCAUUAUUCAUACUGGAACAGACUACUAAGAGCGUUUGCUUGGUUACAGAGGUUUGUGACAUACUGCAGAAGUCAAAAUAAAAAUGAACAAAAUUGUGAAGACCUCAAACUAGCUGAGAUACAAAAUGCUACUCAUGAAAUUGUUCGGUAUGUACAGAAAAUCAAUUUCCAACAAGAAAUAAAAGACUUAUUGAAAGGAAACGCCGUAAAAAAAGAACAGCAGAUUAGCUAUGCUUAA